AUGCACCGUAUUUGCUGGCAAAGUCAUCUCUAUCACCGGUGGUGCAUCUGGAAUUGGUCUCGCUAUGUUCAGUUGUUGUAUUCUAGAGGCGCCUCCCUUGCUAUAUCGGACAUCAACCCCGGGGUGGCUGAGAUCGUCUCGAAGGCUCUGGAAAAAGUUGAAUCACGUGGCACACAGCGGUGCACGGCGAACGUCGUCGAUGUUGGACGCUCGUCGGCAGUGGAAAGUUGGAUCGACGAAGCAGUGAGAGAGUUCGGCAAAUUGGACGGCUGCGCAAACAUUACCGGAAAAGGCGAGAGAUUGUGUCCCUUGGGCGAGAAAACAGACGAAGAUUUCAACCAGGCCAUCGAUAACAACUUACGCGGCGCCUUUAACUGUCUGCGUGCUGCACUCAAACAUCUCUCAAAUGGUGCGAGCGUUGUCAAUGUCAGGUCCAGCUCUGGCCUCAAUGCAACGCCGGGAUUGAGCCUAUACUCCGCCGCUAAGUCAGGGAUUAUAGGAAUGACCAAAGCAGCUGCUCAAGAGUACGGGUCCAAGGGCAUCCGCAUCAACGCAAUUGCUCCAGGAUUGGUUUUGACGCCUGGGAUGCUGGCAGCUCCGGGUGAUUUUAUCUUGCCUAGCAUUCAAAAAACACCCUUCCAGAGAGGCGCUGAUCCAGCAGAGCUCGCCAAGGCUAUCUCAUAUUUCUUGGUGACGAGUCCCCAUUUCAGACCGGAUCUGUCAUGGUCGUUGACGGUGGAUUUCUGGCUUGACCGUAAAGUUUCCGACAGGACAGUAGCUUGA